GGUUAUUCCAUCAGCUGAUUGCCGUUUUGAGGGUCCUUACGCUGCUGGUUGAGGUUUUCUCUACCAGUCAGGAAAACUGGUAACCCAGAGAGAAAAUACACAAAAAAAAAGAUGUCUGUGCUGAAGGGGAAGCUGCUUUAUCAAGUGGCUCGGCGUAGCAUCUGUUCCGGUUCGGCUUUGCGUGCUGCAUGGAACAAGGACUGGAUGCCGGGUCCGUACCCGAAGACGGAGGAGGAGCGUCUCGCUGCCGCCAAGAAGUACAACCUCUUACCUCAGGAGUACAAGCCGAUUGACGACGACGGUUACGGCGCUGGUGACUACCCAGACUUCAAGCCUUACUCGGUCGAAUCGCGAGACCCUUUCUACCCGUGGGACUUUCCCGAGUACAGGAGGAACUUCGGCGAGGCGUUACACGAAGAUUUCAACAUGUACACCGAGGACAGACUGGACAUCAGCAAGAGGGAAAGGUUAUCGGCUCCAGUGAUGGGGCUCAUGUUCCUAGGUACGUUGACUGGCUUCUACCUAAUAAACGUGCUCUGCCGUGACCUUUGGCUACCUCCUGCAUUGCCAAAGCAGCUCCCGGCCCACGGUGUCAAGCACUACAUGUACGAAGGCACCGCCGGCACCGGACAUCAUUGAUGUACACUCUUGUAAAAACAAAAAAAAGAAGAAGUAAAAAUGA